AUGUUGGACAAACUUGAAGAUCGACUACGUCUGAAGAGUGUCAAAUCGGACCGACCGGAAGAUGAGGCCGCGCCGAAACGAUUGAAGAGGAAUGGACAUAAACGGGAAGCGCAUACUUUGUCGAUGUCGAGGCCGAGUAAGAAACCGACUCCCCAAGUUGACGACGAAAGCAGACACGUUGUCCAAACAAGCUUCAAGGGCGUCGACGACAACGAUGGAAGUCACAAAGGGUCAGAGAAGCAUCCGCCAUUACCAGCGCCUUCACCGACGCCCAGCCGUGGUGAUGAUCACCCUGAUGCAGUUGCCCGAACGAUCACAGAAAUGAAUCGACAUCCGCUGCUAUCAGUAUUGUCAGCGCUACCAGCACAUCAAUUGCAUCCUCGCGCUGAAGUAAGGACGAUGAACUGGUGGAGGGAUGCCCACAUCCCACGGCCUCAGGCUCGGCCUCGAGCUCGACAUCGGAGGAUCGAACUGGCAGAUGCGAGAAAACCAUAG